UCUACUGCAUUUUUCUUCUCCAUUUCUUCGUUGCCGUUCGACGUGGCAGGGGUUUGAACGAGUCGCUUAAAACCUCCUUCGCCUCCUUCGACGACUUUCCUUCCAGUUCUCCGUUCUUCCUGUUGUAUCGGAAGUUGCAACGGGAGCUCGCUCGCUGUGAAGGCGUCAUGCAGCGAGUUGGGAACCAUCAGAGUGAUAUGCUAGGGUUCUUAAAAAGUAAAGGAUUUGACGAUGAAAGUAUUGAAAGAAUGUUUAGGAGAUGCAAAUAUCUGGAUUGUGUGGAGAGAGACAAAGCCAGUGAGGUUUGGGAUUACCUGAGAACUAUUGGGAUUCAAGAAAGGAAGAUGCUCAAUGUCAUUUCCAAGUGCCCCAAGGUUCUCACGUUGAACUUAAAUGAGAAGCUUCUGCCAGUAGUACAAUGCCUCUCCACCCUAGGAACAAAGUCUGGUGAACUUGGGGUGGCCAUCACUAAAUUCCCCCACAUUCUAUUCCACAAUGUGGAAGAGAAGCUCUGCCCGCUCCUUGCUUUCUUCGAAGCGGUUGGUAUUUCUGAAAAGCAAAUGGGUAAGCUGCUUUUGGUUAAUCCAAGGCUUAUCAGUUACAGCAUUGACAAGAAGUAUGCUGAGAUGAUUGAUUUUCUUUCAAGUAUGGGGCUUAAUGGUGAAGGUGUUAUCGGUAAAAUUCUGGUGAAGAAUUCAUGGAUAAUGGGUUACAGUGUGGAGAAGCGGCUUCGGCCAACUGCAGAUUUCUUGAAAUCAAUUGGUCUUACCAUGAUAGAUAUUCAAAAGGUCGUAGUCAACUUCCCCGAGGUUUUGUGUAGGAAUGUGGAGAAGAUUUUGAGGCCCAAUCUAGAGUUCUUAAAACAAAGCGGAUUCAACAAUGAGCAGAUUAGGCUAUUGGUCACGGGAUAUCCUCCAAUUUUGAUCAAGAGUAUUAGACAUUCUCUGCAACCAAGAAUCAAAUUCCUGGUAGCAGAGAUGGGGAGAGAGAUUGGCGAAGUCACAGAUUAUCCAGAGUUCUUUCGGCAUGGUUUGAAGAAGAGCCUUGAACCUAGACAGAGAUUGCUCAAGCUUAAGAAAAUAGAAUGUAGCUUGUCUGAGAUGCUGGAAUGUAAACAUAAGAAGUUUCUUCUUAAGUUUGAAUUGGUAGAAGGUUUCUCCUAAGUCUUGUGCAUUUACCAGGUUAGUUUUUGUUUUUCUUCUUGAAGGCUUUCUGCAAUUAAGAGCUUUAUUGUUCUGUACCAACAUUUGAAGCUAUGCGCAUGGUUCUUCAUCUAAGGAAGUUACUAAUUAUUUGUUUAA